AAACAUAAACAAAAACAAUAAGCAAGCAGCGAACAAGUUUAAAAAAAAAAAGUGCAUUUAAAUAUUUUCGUGUGUGGGACUGGGGAAGCGGGUUAACCGACUUCCCGAUUGAAGCGCCAAAUGGGUAUCGUUCGACGGUAUCCAGUGCCAUUGCCGAUGCCCAGGAGUGCCGUUGCGUGGCUGAGCAGAAGCAGCAGGAGCAGCAACAGUAGCAGCAGCAGCAGCAGCAACAGAACAGCGGCCAUCGACGUCGAAGUCAACGUCGCCGUCGUCGUUGUUGCCGCCGCAGUCCAAAAAAAGGCGGCCCAGUGAGUGCGAGCAAGUCAGACCCCACGAGAUGGUCUCGAAGAAGCGUUCCAGCGUCGCCGAGCGUGUCCAACGCUCAACGGCAACGGCAGCAGCAGCGGCAGCAGCAACAACAACACCAUCUGCCCCUGCUUCAAGUGCGUCCGGAACAACGGGGAAGAAGCGGGUGGGAAAACAAGCGAAAGCCCCCACAGAGGAGACGGAGGAAAAGAAGUCAGCGUCAGCAUCGGGCAAGAGGCAGACAAAGGAUCCUUCAGCAGCAGCAGGAGGAGGAGCACCAGCCACAGAGAGCAGCAGCACCAGCAGUGGGAGUGGAAGUGGCUCCAAGUCCAGCGCCCAAGCAACGCCCAAGCUCUCGCCCGAGGAGCGGCAGGAGGAUGGCAAGGCGCGGGCCAUCAACAAGAUGCUCAAGAAUCUGGACAUCAAGAUCCAUGGAUUCGACAAUCUGCUGCCCAGCGGUGAGGGGCCCCUGAAUGUGGGCUCCAUCUCCAAGUCCUCCAUUUCGGAGAAUGUCAAGACCAAGUCGCGGGCAGCCGCUGUCAAGGUGAUAGCCAGCCUCAAUCCCGGCAAAACGAUGCCCGUGAAGCGGCCGCCGCGCCCCUCCCCGGAGAAGGACAAGGACAAGGACAAGGAGAAGCCAAAGCCGGAGACCAAAAUGGAACCAGAGUCCACCAUCGAUGGCAGCUCAAAGGUGGCGCCACAGAACGAUGCCAAGGAAUCUCAAGGAGUCACGAAAGGAUCCAAAAAGGCAGCGCAAACGCACGCAAAGAAGACAAAGGUGGAGACGACGGUGACAGCACCAGCAGCAGCAGUUCCAACUACGACGCCAACUGCAGCAGCUGCGGCUGCUCCUUCUGCACCUGCCGCAAAACAGGGCAAGCUGGCAGCCAAGAAGGGAGCAUCGACAGCAGCAGCACCGGCACCAGAGCAGCCCCCAAAGCCCACCGCCAAGGUAGUCAAGGCCACGAAGAAGGCGUCGAAUCCGUCCCAGCGCCUGCCCGACUCCAAUACGGAACCCGUGCAAAUGGAGCUGGAGGAGAUUGUUGGCACAACAACAGCCACAACAACAACAACAAGGACAAGGACCCCGACACCCAAUCGGACGCCAACAGCCACGCCCACACCCACACCCGUGGAGGUUCCCGGACCGCCAGCAGCAGUAGCGAAACAGCGACCGAAGAUCAAGUACACAAAAACCUCGGCGGGAUCGAAGGUUCGCCUGCAGCAGCAACAGCAACAGCUGCAGCAGCAGCAGGGUGCAGCGGGGGGCCACCAGAAGGCAAUGCCCUCGUGGAGUCAAGGCGGAGCGGGGGCCAAGGAUAUUUACGACUUUAAGUCGGGCUCCGAGGAUGAGGAGCCCAUCAAGAUGGUGCUGCCAGCGCUGAAGCAGUUGCGGGAAUUCUCUGAAGAGGACAACAAGCCGCUGAAGCAGCCAAAGGAGAAACCCACUGAAGAGCAGAAGCAGGCAGAGAAGGAGCAGGAAAAAGAGCCGCAGGAGGAGCCGGAGACGAAGGAGAAGGCAAAGCCAAAGGUGGAGAUGCAGAUCAAGGAGGAGGAGGGAGAGCAGAAGGAUAAGGAGAAGCAAAAAGAUAAAGAGAAGCAAGUGGAAAAGCCCUCAGCAUCCACAGCAGCAGCACAGUCCGAACAAGUAGCAGCCACAACCACAACAACAUCCACAUCCAAGAUCAGUGCCACAGCCUCAGCCGCGGCCAAGAAGCAAGCGAAACGCAAGCUGGCAACAUCCUCUUCACCCUCCCCAAAGGCGCCGCCCGGAAAGAAGAAACAGCCAGCGGCAAAGGCCGCAGCAGCAGCAGCAGCAGCUGCCAGCCCCGCCAGCGAUAGCUCUGGGGAGAGCAGCGACUCCGAGGAUGAGAAAAAGCUGAGCGCCUACAGCGGCCCCAAGCGGCAUCGCAUGGCCUCCCUCAAUGCCCUGGCGAAGGUGCAGUGCCUCUACGAGAAUGAAUCGCGGACCGCCCACGAGUUGGGACUCUCGAAGGCCACACAACAGCCGCCACGGAUACGCACAUUGGAUGGGAGUGACGAUGACAAUAACCACAAGGAGUCACCGCGCAACGGAGAGGACAAAGACAAAGAGUCCUCGUCGACGCCAUCAACGCCACCGGCACCACCACCGCCCAAAGAGAUUGAGCCCCGAAGGGAGCUGCGGUAUGUGCCCGGUGGCAGGGGCGUGGGCAAGCACUGGGAGUUCGAUAGCGACAGCGAGGGGGAUGAAAUGCAGCUGCCGGCCCUGCCACAGCCCAAGAAAAAGAAGCUGCAAAAAAAGCCGCCACCAAAGAAGGCGGCAGCAGCGGCUGCGGCGCCAAGCGGCAGCGAGACGGACGCCAAGAAGCCAGAGAAACCGAAGCCACCACCCAAGCAAGUGCCGAAAAAGCGAAAGACCCCGUUCACCGAGGAGCUGAUUGGCGACUACAAGGGGAUCCUGGCGAGAAAGCGAAUGGCCAGCCUGAAUGCCAGCGCCAUUGUGGCGGCCACCUACGAGGUGGAGCGGCAUCUGGACAAGAAUCUGGCCAGCGACUGCAGCAGCUUCGAGAGCUACGACGAGCUGGAGAUGCAGGCAGUCGUCCAGCAGUCCACCAAGAUGAUGCCGCUCAAAGCGGACGUGCACAUCAAGAAGGAGCCAAAGGAGACCAAGGAAUCGUUGCGCGAGAGGGAGCGCGAAAGGGAGCGUGAGAGGGAGCGCGAGCGGGAACUGAAGGAAUCAUCCCUCAAGGACAAGGUGCCGCCCAGCAGUCACAUACUCAUCGAGGAGAGCAACGACUCCAAGUACUCGAAGGAGACCAAGGAGACGAACACGGACACCACCACAACCACCAGCAGCAGCAGCGGCGGCGGCGGCACCACCACCAGCGGCGGCUAUCGGGACUCGAGCAGCGCCAAGGAUGCCAAGGACUGCAGCCGACCGACCUCCUCCAGCGUUGUGAUCGUCCAGGACACCGAUGUGACCAUCACGGGCGUCUAUGUGAAUGCCAGCAAUGGUGCGGCCCAGGAGGCCUACUGCAAAAUGCAAUAUCGUGUGCAGUCCAGCGUCACCGAGGAGCGCGUGCUGCGACCGGGCUCCGUCGAGCCACCGAAAUCCUAUACGCCCUUGAGUGCGCUCUCCAGCAUGCUGCCGCCCGGCGCCAGCUCCGGCCUCAGCGAGGCUCAUAGUUCGCCGCCGCUGCCCAUUCAACCGCCAGCACCGCAUGUCCUGCUGCCCGGCGAACAUUUGAGCGCCGGCAUGUACCAUGCCCCCGAUCUGGGGCUGCACACGGAGCAUGCCGUGCCCGAGCAUCAUGGCCCGCCGCCGCCCUCAUAUGCCGCCGCUGCAGCAGCGGCCGCGGCAGCCGCUGCCUACCAUGCCCAUCAGCUGGGCCACGGAGCAGGCGGCGGUAUGCUGCACAUGCACCACCAGCACCAGUAUGCCGCACAUGCGGCGCACGCCCAUCACUACCAGCAGGCGGCUGAGUACGCCCAUGGUCCGCCGCCGCCACCACCUCCGCAUCACUACGGUGGACCACCGCCGCCCCAGGUGCCACAUUAUGGGCCACCGCCGCCUGGGGCGCCACUGCCAGUGCCCGUACCGGUGCCAGUGCCGGUACCAGUGCCCGUGGCCGUGCCAGUGCCACCCGAUCGAUGUGAUGUGGGAUCGCCGCCACCCUCGUACCGGGCCAGUGCCUAUCCACCGCCGCCGUCGGGUAUUGUGCCACCACCGACAAUAGGCGGCGGCUCGAGUGCCUUUUGUGCACCGAAUCCGCACCACCAUCAUCAGCACCACAGCCAGCAGCAGGGGCCACCGCAUCAUCACGAUCCCAGUGGCUACUAUCAGCCGGCUGGACCGCUGAUCUCGCCCCAUGUGAUUGCCGGCGGACCACCGCCACCACCGUCGCAGCAACAGCAACAACAGCAGCAGCAGCAGCAGCAGCAGCAUCUACUACAGCAGCAGUCGCUUAAGAAGCUGCAGGAAGAAGAGUCGGGCUCCGGCUCACCCACGCAGCUGCAGCAAUUGCAGCUGCAGCAGCAGGCAGCCGAGGCUGCUGAGCAAGCAGCAGCAGCAGCAGCAGCGGCAGCGGCGGCAUCCCAGUCGCAGCAUCAGCCGCCACACCAGCCACAGCCGCAGCAUCUCCUGCAACAUCAUCAGCAUCAGCAGCAACCGCCGCAACCUCAGCCGUAUCCGGCCAGUGCCGUGGCAGCCGCUGCCGCAGCGGCUGCUGGCCAUCCGGGCGUACCGUAUUCCCGCUCAAUGCACGCGGCUCAGAUGCACUAUACGACGGCCUAUCCGCCAAACUACUAUUCGCCGUAUCCGGGCGAGGUCAUGUGCUAUUCGCCGCCCGCCUAUCAGCCCUACUUUACCAGCAAGGUAUACCAGACGGGUCCGCCGCCACCGCCGCCCUCGCAUCCGGGACACCAUCCCGCUGUUCAUCAGCCGCCACCGCCGCCAGGCGCCUAUCGACGCUAUCCGUACUACCAGCACGCAGGGCCACCACAUCCGCAAACACACCCGGAGCUGUACGAGCAGCAGCAGCAGCAGCCGCCGCCACCGCCGCCACCACCGCAAGCAGCCACCCAGGCGGCCAGUCCGCAGCAACAGCAGCAGCAGCAGCAGCAGCAGGCCACAUCUGUGGGAGGAGUGGGAGUAGGUCCGGCAGGGAGUCAACUGGUGCCCGCGCAUCACCACCAUCAGCAGCAGCAACAGCAACAGCAGCAUCAGCAACAUCAGCAGCAGCAACAGUUGCAACAGCCGCAGCCUCACCAGCCGCCGCACCUGGAUCACUAUCCGGGGCCCCCGAGCUAUUACGCCGGCUACAGUCCGGGAGGAACAGGGAGUGCCGCCGGACAGUGCUAUACACGCGGCCUCCAGGGACCGUAUAUGGAGUAUCCGCCGCAGUGUCCGUGUCCAAUGCAACAAUCGUGUCCAAAAAACGUCCAUACUGGGCCUCAUAUUGGUAGCAACAUCAGCAGCAACAACAUCAGCCAACAGAACAGCAACAGCAGCAACAGCAACAAAACAGACAGCAGCAGCAGCAGCAGUGCUAUGUUGCAGGGUGCUAAGAGCAGCAGCAGCAGCAGCAGCAGCAGCAGCCAGAGCACCGCUGCCACAACACCAGCAGCGACAGCAACAUCGUUGAAUACCAGUAGGGGCCCAGUGAAAAAUGUCACCAAAAACAACAUGAACAACAUUUGCAACAGCAACAAAAACAGCAGCAGCAGUGGCAGUGGCAGCAGUAACAGCAACACUGAGACAUUGACAACAAAUACGCGUGCAACAGCAGCAACAAACACAGAGGAGACCACAGCGACGACCAACAAUAUGGGAACGCAAUGCCAGAUGCUGGUCAAGACGGAGCUGAAGAGCGACCUGUCGCAUCCACAGGUGACGCAGAAGAUGCAGUACGAGGCGCAUGUGAUGCCACCGCCCACGCCGCCCGAAAGCUACUGUGCCAGCGACGACAAGUUGCUGGAGGAUCAGGACCAGGAGACGGAAAUGGAAUUGGUUUUGGGUAUGGGAAUGGGAAUGGGUCUGGGGCUGACCCUGGAGAAAGGUCACAGUCACAGUGAACAGCACAUUGAGGCGUAUGAUCUGACAUCUAGCACACCCCCGCCACCAGCACUGCAAUCAGCAGGAACAGGAAUAGGCGGAGCAGCAGCAGCAGCAUCCGGAAUUGCAAAGGCAGGAGCAGGUGGCGUGGGAGUGACGCGAAAGGCGAGGAUCGGAAAGAGCAUGGCCAGGGAGAUGGUUUUUGCAGCACAACAGCAACAGCACGAACAGCUGAAGCAGCAGCAGAAGCAGCAGCAACAACAGCAGCAGCAUCAUUCAGGAGCAGAACCAGAGUUGCCUUUUUUACUUAAAGCUGAAAUCAAAGCAGAGACCAAAAUCAAAAUCGAGCAGGAUGACGGACGUCUGGCGAGCAGCACUCCACUUAUCAGCCAACUGCCGGAUGUGAAGCCAACAAUCAAAACGGAGCCAGAAGCGGAACCCAAACCUGAGCCUGAACCCGAACCCGAACCCGAAACACAACCGCAACCACAACCAGAAGCACCAGAGGAAAUACCAGAAGAAGCAGCAGAGACGCCAGCACCCAGCAAGCAACGCAUCAAUCUGCUUGCCUCGUCCACAUCCUCGGCUGCCGCAUCUGCCUCCGGCAAACCGACGAAGAAGCACCACAGCUACAAGAGCCUGAUCAAGCAGGCCGAACCGCGGAAUUAUUUGUGUCCGGGCAGGACGUUUGUGCGGCGGCUCGGCCGAGCACCGGCCAAGUAUGCGAAGAGGCGGCAACAGCUGCUCGUGCAGCGCCAGCAGCAGAGGAUCCGUGCCCAGAGGCGCGAGCAGCUGAAGCAGCAACGCCAAGAGCAGGUGGCAGAAGAUGCAACAGCGGCAGCUGCAACAGUAGCAGCAGGCUGCUCUGGCCAGGAGGAAAUAAAACAUGUGACCAGCGGCGGAAGUGGCUCUUCGCCCAAGCGUGCACAUCCACGGAAGCAGGAGAUUGCUGCCCUUCAUCUGCUGGAGUGCUUGGACACGUCACUUAGUCGAGGGUAUUUCAGUGAUCCCGAGCUGAACAGCUGUCGCAGUCAGGCGAAAGUGGGGGGUAGCGGUGGCGGUAUCUAUGCCGCACCCUCACCUCUGUUGGCCAGCCCCCAUUCAGUACCCCAGCCGGUGGCCGAGAAGCGUUCCAAGUCGGAAACCAAGAAGCCGCUGCUGCCAUCAACCACAGAACAGCCCCCGGCAAAGAAGCUGAGAAAACAGGGUAACAUCAAGGCCAAAGCGAAGGGCAAGAAGGUGACAGCAGCAGCAGCAGCACCAGCGAGCGCAACAGCAGCCUCAACCUCUGCACCAGUAGCGAGAUCAUCAUCAGCGUCACCUCCAUCUGCAGAGACAAAUAACAAUGAGUACCAGACGGCAGAUUUGCAAGCUCAAAAGCUGCAGCAGCAACAUUCCGAGGAGCAACACAAAUUCCUGGUGCCGACAGCUGCAACAGUCGCAGCCGCAGCAACAGUAGCCACAGUAGCCACUGUUGUUGCCCCCACCUCAGCAAUGCCCACAGUUACGCCCGCGUCUAUAUCUGGAUCCACAUCCACAUCACGCCAAAGUCAACACACGACGCACACGAAGCGAGCGCGAUCCCGCUGCAAAUUUGGUAAUCGAAAGCGCCAGAAGCAUCGUCCGGGCGGAGUUAGCUACGAGCUGGACGAGACACAGCCGCCAGCGAUAAAGGCGAAUGUGGUGCCAAAGUGGAAUAAUGGCUGGAUGUGGGCGGGCAAGGCCUUUCAGGGUGCCGUAUUUCUUACUAGCGAUGAUCCGUUGGUUUUGCGCACUUGCUAUCCGGCAAUGCGACAUGUGGAGGGCGACAUCAUACGGACACGGGACUGCGUCCUGCUCAAGGCCAACGAGGAUAAUGAGCUGCCGUAUGUGGCCAAGGUGGCGCAUCUCUGGCAGAAUCCUGAAGAUGGUGAAAUGAUGAUGUCGCUGCUGUGGUACUAUCGGCCAGAGCAUACGGAUCAGGGCCGUCAGCGCAACGAUUGCCCGGACGAGGUGUACGCCUCGCGGCAUCGCGAUCAUAAUUCGGUGGCCUGCAUUGAGGACAAGUGCUAUGUGCUUACCUUCAGCGAGUACUGCAGAUAUCGUCGCCGCCUGCGUGCCGCCGAGGAGGAUAUGGAGGAUGUCAGCAUUGUGCCGCGUCGGCCGAGCAGUUGCAUUGCUAAUGCCAAUGCCAACGGCACUGCUGGCGCAACCACCACUACCGCCAUCGUCAAUUGUUAUCCAGUGCGUACAGUGCCGGAGCACACGAAUCCGGAGCUGGUCAUGUUCUGUCGCCGUGCCUACGAGUUUCGGACACGCCGCCUGCUCAAGCUGCCCCAAAAGAGUGCGCUUGCCGCGUGCAGCCACAGCUAGCGCAAGGCUAGCACUAGCUAAUCGAUCCUUAGCAUACACUUAAGCCUCGUUCUAAGCACACGAUGAUGAGAGCAGGAUGGGAUGGGAUGGGAUGGCAGCAUACGAGGAUGCCAACUGUUUUUGUUGGCAUACAAACAUUAGCAUAAAUUUGGAUGUAGUGUUUUGGGAGUAGGAUGAGUGGAGAGGAGAGUGCCCCUGACAGAGGCCCCCCACUACAGAGGACGAGGCACAAGAGGGAAUAAUCGAUGGAUGAGGGAUAGAAAUUGUUUUGAUCAGUCUACAGUUUACAGUAUUGUUAAAGAUAUUUUUUGGGUCUCGAUUGUUGAAAGAUAUCUACUAUCUGUGGGGUGGGGGGAUAGAUCGGUUCAAGCAGCAAUUAUCGUACCGCACUUGCGACUGAAGUAUUCGUUGUUCCUAUUCAACUGUCGUUCGGAUAUGGAAAUUGCUGUCUGAUUGUUGCCCCAAUCAAGGACACAAAAACACACACACAC